UGGUUUUGUAAAACUCGUGAUGAAGAGCAGAAAUUACUGGCUAAAAUGACAAAUUUAGUGCAAGAAACAUUUUCGUGCAUACGAACUGUUAUCGCUUUUGCCGCUCAAAAACAAACAAUUAAUAAAUAUGAACGAUUAACAAUGGAAUUAAAUCGUAUGACUGAACAACGCCUUACUGCUUCAUCAAUUUAUGAUGCUCUCGCGCAGGUUUUGCUAACUGAAUUUAUUUUUACCGCAGCUUUGUGUUAUGGAAUUUGGCGAGUUGGAGAUAACAAUCCAGGCCGUCUUGCUGCAUUAGCAAUUAACAUGCUAUAUAUGUGUGUUACUUCAAUUAGCAUUGGCUUCCACAUGACUGGAGUUUCAACUGCUCGUAAAAAUGCUAAUGAAAUGAAUGCAAUUUUAAAUGAAACUCCAAAUAUCGAAUGUUACGUGAACAAACAUAUGGAAAGUAUGUUAGCUCCACGUGGCCAUGGAGCCAUCGAAUUUAAAGAAAUAAACUUUGCAUAUCCAAGCAGACCUGAUAUUGAGGUAUUAAAAGGCGUAUCGUUCACGGUAUCAGCAGGUGAACAUGUGGCAAUUGUAGGUCCAAGUGGAUCUGGUAAGAGUACGCUUACAGCUUUGAUGCUACGUUUUUACGAUCCAAUCAGUGGAACUAUUACAUUAGAUGGAGUUGAUUUGAAACGACUUAAUCUUGAUAAUUUACGAGCUCAACUUGGUUUAGUUAGUCAAGAACCAGUACUUUUUGAUGGAACAAUCAGUGAUAAUAUUCGAUACGGACGUUUAGAUGCAACGCAAGCAGACAUUAACGAUGCAGCUAGAAAAGCUGAGGCUUGGCAGUUUAUUUGUGCACUGCCUGAAGGCAUGAAAACUCGAGUUGGUGACAGAGGCUUGCAGCUAUCUGGGGGUCAGAAGCAACGUGUUGCAAUCGCACGUGCAGUGAUACGCAAUCCAUCCGUGAUGAUAUUUGAUGAAGCCACGUCUGCUUUAGAUACAAAACAUGAGGUUGAAGUACAGAAGGCUAUUGAUGCAGCUAGCCAAGGUGUUACUACUGUCACAAUUGCACAUCGAUUGAGUACGGUACGGAAUGCAGAUCGUAUAAUUGUUUUGGAAAGUGGACAAAUUGUAGAAGAAGGUAGUCCAGAAGAACUACUGGCAAAUAGAGAUGGUAAAUUCCAUCGAAUGUACAACGAUCAAAAAUUUGAUUCUUUGGCAGUGAAGAAAUUAGCAAUUAAUCCUCGAGAACGAUCUAAAUUAUCCUUAGCUACGCACUUUUCAAUGUCCCCAGCUGAUUUUAUAGAUGCGGAAACUUAUCGCCGUGCUUGGGCUCGAUCAUCACUAGGAGCUCAUAAACGUCUUGGCAAGUCAUAUUCAGUUCUUAGUACUGAUAGAGAAAAAUUAGCACUCCCUGUGAUGUCAAAGAAGAGGUCACGUAUGGAUUUAGCUUUCAAAACAAAUAUUAUGGAAGUUGCAAUGAAUGAUAAAAAUUACGAUGAUGAAACUUUACUUACUGGAAAAACAAAUUACAAUGCCAUUUGGAAUCUGAUUAAAAGUUACAAGAAAGGUUAUUCUCACUUGAGCAUUGCGAUUCCUGUCACUAUCCUUCGAGGAUUCUUUUUUCUUCUUGUCUGCUUCGAAGUGUCAUCUGUGCUUGAAAUAACAAUUACUUCAAAAGAAGAAAUGGCACAACGUGUAUUCAUUACUGCAGCUGUUUUUACCGCUUUAAUUAUUAUUAAAACUAUGUUUGAAGCAGUUGGACGAUUAUUUAUUGCCUUAUAUGGGUAUGGAUUUUGUGGAUAUAUGCGAAGCGAAAUGUUCCGAAGGAUUUUAAGGCAUGGUGCAGCCUAUUUUGAUGAAGAACGAAAUACACCUGGGCGAUUAGUCCAUAAACUUAUGUCUGAUACGACAACUUUAAAUAGAAUUCUUGGCGAUAAGUUGGAUUUGCUUCUUCCAGCAGUAAUAUGUUCAGUUGUUUCAGUAACAGUUGCAUUGAUAAUUAAUUGGAAAUUAGCACUUCUUUGUGGUUUUCAAUUUCCAGCUUUUUUUUUAUUUCGUUUAGUAGAAUUACGUGAAACAAACAAGCGUCAACGUCAAAUGGCUGAGCAAGAGAAAAAAGCUGCUAAUCUUGCAACUGUAGUCUUAUCAAACAUGAGCACAAUUAAAGCUUACACUUUACAAGAACAUUUCAACAAUAUUUUCUACGAAACGCUAAAACCACUUCAAAAAACGAUGAAAAGACAGUCUUGUAUCAGUUCGUUUGUAUUUGCUUGUCAAUUUUCUUUUACGUAUAUUUUAAUUGCGAUAACGUUACAUUUUGGAAAAGUUAUGAUGUUAAGCAAUGAAAUUACACCUUUUAAUUAUUUACGGGUUGUAUUACUAACUCAGUUCGGUGCUAACUUUAUCAGUCAACUAAUUGCAUCAGUAAGUGAUAUCUCGAAGGCUCGAAUAGCUUCCGGAAAUAUUCUAAAUGUGAUCAAGGAAACAGCUGUUGAUAUGAACAAUCUUAGUGGAGAAGGCUUAAGACCAAAAACUGUGGGUCGAUUAUUGUUGAAAAACGUUGAAUUCCGUUAUCCAUCUCGUCCAUUAUAUCCCGUGUUGCGCAAUAUUACUUUAAAGGUCCGGCCAGGAGAUUCAAUAGCCAUCGUAGGUCCUUCAGGUUCAGGAAAAAGUUCCAUUCUUGCGCUGUUUCAACGUAUGUAUAGUACCACAAAAGGAGAAGUAUUGAUUGAUAAUUACAACGUGAACCAAAUCAAUCCUGCUUACUUGAGACGUGUUAUUGUUUCGGUUGGACAAGAACCAGUACUUUUUUCAUUUACUAUACGUGAAAAUAUUGGAUAUGGCUUACCGGAUGAUGAAGCAACCGAAGAAAAAAUAAUAGAAGCUGCUAAAAUUGCUAAUAUUCAUGAUUUCAUCUUAUCUUUACCACAAGGUUAUAAUACUGAAGUUGGCGAAUUUGGAGCACAACUUUCUGGUGGACAAAAACAACGAAUUGCAAUUGCUCGAGCAAUAAUACGAGAACCACGAGUAUUACUACUUGAUGAAGCAACUGCUGCUCUGGACACAGCUAGCGAAAAAGUUUAUUCAAAUUUUGCAGUACAAAGCGCUCUCGAAUCAGUUAGCAAGAACUGUACUUGUAUUUACGUAGCACAUCGUUUGUCCUCUAUAAGAUCAGUGAACAGUAUUUAUGUAUUGGUUGACGGUGAAAUAGCCGAACAAGGUACACAUCAAGAGUUAAUGGAAGAAAAAGGUUUGUACUACGAAAUGAAUCAAUCAGAAAUAUAA